AUGGUACCGGUAAACCACUUAUCCAUCGCCCCCGCCCUCCGCCAUUUUCUCCCCUUCCCCCUUCUCACUGUUCCUAUAAAAGAGGGGCAGUUCGGGGAGGGGGAAAGAGAAAAAAAUCCAGCAAUCCUCUGGGUGAGCGAGAGGGAAAAAAAAAAAAAAAAAAAAAAUCACCCUAAGCUAAACUCUUCCAAUCGAUUCCGCACCCUUCAAACUAAGCGGGCCGGAUAUGCAAAAAUCAGGCCGAGGCGGAAGGGGGGGCUCUGGGAGCGAACCGACAGAAAUUAUUUCCGAAGCCUGGAAAAAUCCAAUCAAAGAACUACGCCCUGCCCCCAAAACCGCAUCGACCGAAGGCUGGGAAGUCCCUCCUCCACGGACUUAUCCAACUCCCUUCUGGGUGGAACAACUCAAGAUUGUGCUCCCAGAAUGGAUGUUCGACACUCUGGGGAACCUCCUAGACGACCUGAGGUUCGACGAUCACGGUUAUGGCUACACUUGUGAUAUUUACGAAGUAUUCUGGGACGGAAGCCAGUCUACAGCACCACGAUCUGGCGGCUUCUCCGGAUUCGGUGGCGGUGGUGGAGGCGGAGGUGGAGGGGGUGGAGUCUGUCGAUCUUAUCAAAAUACGGGCACCUGUUCUUUCGGCGACAGGUGUAGGUUCAGUCACGAUAACGAUGGCCAACGACAAUUCGUACUUCCCGAACGCCCUAGAGGUGGUGGUGGUGGCCGUGGCGGUGGCCGUGGGGAUGGUGGUGGUCGUGGAGGUCGUGGACGUGGUGGCCGUGGCGGUGGGGGUAUAUGUAAAUUCUACAAUACUCCCCAGGGCUGCAAAUUUGGCGCAAACUGCUCCCAACGCCAUGGCUGAGUUUUCUUACAGUUUCAUCCUCUCUAUCGAUGGGGGUGGGCUGGGAAAGUAACUAGGCUGUUGAAAAAAAAAUCUUUCUCGUUUCUCUUUGGAAGGGAUGGCUUGUUUCGUUGUUGUAGCGGUUAUCUCUUUCUUCACUCUCAGUCUGUCGGUGUGUUGUAUGUUGCGCGAUUUUGGAGGAGGAGGAUAACGAAGGGAGGAGUUAAAUGUUGUUAAAACACCAAAAAAAUGGCGGAAAAAAAACCAGAAAACCCAGAUAAAAAGUUGGAA